GAGUGAAGGGGCGGGGCUUAUCGCCAUUCAAUAGUCCUUACAAGGAAAGUAAACUUUUUUUCUUCUUUCUCUUCUUUGUGGACGCAAUUAAGUGAUUCUUCCGACAUUUUACCGUGCAUGUUUGUUUAUUAAUUAACAUACAUCUCGUCAUCAUCGGGCCAUUUCAUCGCUGUUGUUAAUAAAGUUGGCGGAUUCAAAUUGUUCCAAUCCGGGACCUCCAACCUUCCCGGAAGCGGGAGAGCGACGUGAGCGCGCUGCGGUGGCCGCCUCAGAGGCAGCGGGAGGCGGCGAGCUGAGCGGCCGGUGAGGCGGAGGAAGUCAUGGAGACGCUUCGCCGCGCCUCGGUGUUCGCCGCCGAAGUGUACGACCGCUCGCCCACCGACAAGGAGCUGGUGUCGCAGGCCAGGGCGCUCUGCCGGGACUACAUCCAGUCCAGGCUGAGCCGGGCGGGGGUCGGAUGGUCCAAGCCCCGGCCCACCAAGCCUGCUUCUUCUUGGGGGACGGAGGAGGAGGUCUCGGCGGUGCUCCUGUGGCUAGGUGAGGAGCUGGAGUACAUGCGCCCCAACGUCUACCGCAACGUGGCGCGGCAACUCAACAUCAAUGUGGAGUCGGAGAGCGCCGUGUCGGACGCCUUCCUGGCGGUGGCGGCUGACAUCUUUUCCACAGGCGUGACGUGGGGGAAGGUGGUGUCCUUGUACGCCGUGGCCGGAGCGCUGGCGGUGGACUGUGUUCGCGAGGGCCACCUGGCCAUGGUCCACACCAUCGUGGACUGCAUGGGGGAGUUUGUCCGCAAGAAUCUCACCACCUGGUUGAAGCCACGCGGCGGAUGGGCAGACCUGACUAAGUGCGUGGUGAACGCCAACGCCGGCCUCCGCUCCCACUGGCUGGUUUCGUCGCUGUGCACCCUGAAACACUACGUCACGGCCCUGGUCUUGUACCUCCUCAGGGAGAAGUGAGAGGCCAUCUUUGGAUGGUGUUUACACUUAUUUGCACUGAGCCCUCAUUACGGCACGCACACUUCUCCUUGCUUCCGGGCUCUGGUUUCUAUUUAUUGUCAAUUGUAGGAAUAUGCCACACCACUUUUUAAAAGGUCUACAUUUGUGUUGGAUUUCUUAUGUUUGCAACAGCUCUUCACCAACUGCCUAUUUUGCUGCUUCACCUCGUCGUCACGUUGGAUUGUUUGGUAAGAAUGAAAGGGUGUGGUCUUCCCGUGCUUGUGUCUAAAAUUGCUAUAUGCAAGAUGUCUGAGUAGACUUUAUUUUAUUGCACAAUAUCACCUUUGACUUGUCAUGUAGCACCAACAGUCUGCACAUUUGUAAAUGUUUAUUAAUAGUCUUGAAUAAAAGCUGGGGUGUUA